AUCUCUCCCACCUCAUACUCCUCUCUCUCUUUCUCUCUUUGUCCACCGUUCAUCAUCUUUGGGCGACCCCCCAACCCCCUCCUCCUCUAUCCCACAACGCACGCAAAGUAGCAGAAGCGAAGGAGAGAGAGAGAGAGAGAGAGGGGAGAGAGGGGUGGGGCUUCACUUUCCCAAUUAUUCCAUCUUCAUCUUCUUCAGUGAGACCAAAAAUGAACUCCAGUGAGAGCACCAAUGGCCGCAUCCCUCACCCCCCGCUUCAGGGCCACCAUCACUACUAUCCGCCUCCCCAUUCCUCCUCCUCCUCCUCCUCCAAAGCUUCCUUCAAAGGCUGUUGCUGCUGCCUCUUCCUCCUCUUCACUUUCAUGGCGUUGCUAGUCAUUGCCGUCAUUCUCGUUAUUGUGCUCGCUCUCAAGCCUAAGAAGCCCCAAUUUGAUCUCCAGCAAGUCGGCGUCCAGUACGUCGGCAUCAUCCCCAACUCCGCCGCCGCCGCCGCCGCGGCCUCCGCCUCCGUCUCCCUCAACAUCCGCAUGGUGUUCGCCGCCGCCAACGACAACAAGGUCGGAAUCAAGUACGACGAGUCCCGAUUCACCGUCAUGUACCGCGGAAUUCCACUCGGGCGGGGCAUCGUCCCCGCUUUCUACCAGCCCGCCCACAGUAUCCGCCGGGUCGAGACCACCAUCGUCGUGGAUCGGGUCAGCUUGCUCCAAACGGAUGCCGAUGCUUUGGUCCGCGACGCUAUGGUUAACGACCGGGUCGAGUUGCGGGUCCUCGGCGAUGUCGGGGCUAAAGUCCGGAUCCUCGGGUUCACUUCUCCCGGGGUCGAGGUGUCUGUGGAUUGCACGAUAGCAAUCAGUCCAAGAAAACAAGCUCUCACAUCCAAGCAGUGUGGUUUUGAUGGAUUAAGUGUAUGAAUAUGGCCUACACUUACUUCUUCGUUACACUCUCUCCUCUCUUGCUCCCAAGGAUAGAGAUAGAGAGAGAGAGAGAGGCUGAGUGUUUUUGUCCUCAGUCGCAGAUGGUAAUAGAUGCAAUUGCCUGAAAGAUGAUUAAUCGGUCAGCCACGAAUUGUAUUUAAUUGAGUCUAUUUAUAACACCAAUUUCAGGAAAUUUUGAUUUUGAUCCUCGUUGUAAAGCGUUGGAACUGAUUGCUAAUUCUGCUUUUCUUUCACUCGCCUCAAUUUAACUGUAUACUUACCUCUUUAAUUGUUGAGAACGGCACUUUGUGGUGAAAGUA